CUGUACGCUACACAACAACAAUGACAUAUCAUAUGAUAUUAAAACUGUAAAUACUGACACACGUGACCACCCAUACACCCACUGCCACACCACUAAACACAUUGAUUGCCUGUCAAUUUGACAGUCAUUUACUUAACUACUGUACAUGUAUUACUGGUGUAAUGACUAGUCUAUUGAAUACCACUGUAUACAACUAUUUCUAAAAAGUCGACGGUCACUGAAGAGAUUGAUCCGAAAGGAAAGGAGCGAUGAGUUCAUCGAAACGCUUCGAAGACCUCAAAGACGAGUUGAGUUCAGUUGAGGAGAGGAUUAGAGUUCAAGGAAGACAUCAACUAAAUGAGUGGACACUGAACCGGAUGUGUAGUGAAGGCGAUGCCAUAGUGGAGCUCAUGAGACGGGAAGUGGAAUCGACACCAACUGUGGUUCAGAAGGAAAUGCACUGCAAUUGGAGUGAAGUGUCGAAGAGUUGGAAUGCAUUCAAAGGCGAU